UGUGAUUCCAGUAUUGCGAAGGGUUUAAAGUAAAUAUUGCAUUACUAGUGUUACCGCUGGUGAUUUACGUGCGAUAGCAGUACAUGAAAUUUGUCUCCAUCAUCUCAGUUGUUUUGAUUUAGCUGAGAGAAACACGUCUGAAGAAAAUGUUUUCGCCUCACCGUCUAGCAGUCUGUAUGGUCCUCUUAGAGCAACGCCAGCGGAGCUGCAGCCUCAUACAGAUGCGUUUGAAAAAUUAUCUCAAUCGUCCCCGGCUUCGUAAUCCCGUGUGGUUCACGAAAAAGACACGCACGCUACACAAUGAACAAUUUACCGCGGAUAAUACAGCCUUCCUGAAUGAAGUAAAGCGGGAAACCAUACUGGCGGCUUCCCAGCGUAGUCAGGCAACAUUGCUGAACAUAGAACAAAGCGGGCAGCUGGCCCAAUGGAGUCCGGGUCUGAAGCGUACCGGUGUGAUUGCGAAAAAGAUUGGACAGUACCCGAUGUGGACGAAAGAUGGACGGAAAGUUCGUACCACAUUGCUGCAGAUAAUCGAAAACGAGGUGGUGAAGUAUAUACCGCCGGAAGAGUACCGACCGGCACAGGAACCACGGCAAAGCCGCAACUGGCGCAAACCGUACGGUUGUCUGUUGGUCGGCGCGGAAAACGGUGACCCAUCGCUCUUCACCAAAGAGUACGCCGGCCUGUUCCAGAAUUCGGGCGUACUGCCGAAGAAACAUUUGUGCCGGUUUAUCAUCUCACCGGAAGCUCAGCUGCCGACCGGUACCGCGCUGACCGUGAAUCACUUCCGCGUCGGAGACUACGUGGACGUACGGGGUCUUACCGUGGACCGGGGAUUCCAGGGUGUGGUGAAACGCCACGGAUUCAAGGGUAUGCCGAAGUCGCACGGCGUCACCAAGACGCAUCGCAGGCCGGGCAACAUCGGUGCUGGUGGUAAUAAGGCACGUGUGUGGCCUGGUACACGUCUGCCUGGGCACAUGGGGAACCGGUGGCGCGUGUUGCGCGGUCUGCAAAUUCUACGCAUCAAUCCGCAGUACAAUGUGAUGUGGGUGAUGGGCAGCAACAUUGCAGGCAACACGAACGGGAUCGUGUACAUCUACGAUACAAUACUUCCGUUGCGGCAGCACGGUUCGAAAGGUGGACCAGCCGGUACACCACCGUUCCCGACCGCGCUCGAACCCGUGCCGGCAAACAGUGGUGACGUUUGGCUCGAAGAGUUGCACGAUUUCCGCAAGCUGUCAAUCACGUACAGUUCAGGCAAUGAAUAGAUUUUGUUCAACCAAAGGGUUGCGCUUCUACCCGCCAUAGAAUAAUGGUAAAAGAAAAAUUAAAUUACCCAAUAUGCUCUAUAUGAGUACAUAACAUUAAAACAGAAAAUUGUUUAUCUUAUAAAUUAGUUCCCACAAGCCUUCAAUUCGAUUGAUGUCAUGAAGUUGCUCUAAUUUAAGCCGCAUCCAGCCGCUUUCUUUCAAAAGCAAAAAGCAAUAUAAUGUUCGUUGUUGUUGCAUCCAUUAUUCAUUCAUGGUUCACUGUACACUUGGCAUUUACCACAUACGCGCUUCACAUUAACAACUCUCAGCGACUGCUGGAAUAACAUCAUUUACAUUUACCCCAACCGAACGUACACCGUUCGUCUCGCAACCACCAUUCUGUUCCCCAUCGCAACCGUUGGUUGUAUUUUUGGUCGGCAGCAUGGCACCGUUGCGUAUCAGCUCGUCGCGCGAUUCUACCCCACGUUUCAGCAG